ACCACCGCCCGUGCCCGACGCAGGCGCAGCAGCCAUGUUCCACAUCUCCGUCCUCUCCGACGUGCUUCAGAUCCACCCGGCCUCGUUCGGCCUGCAGCGCGCACAGGCCCUCUCCGCCGCCGUGCAUGCUAAGUACUCGAACCGUGUGCUCAUCGGCGAGGGCCUCGCCGUCGCCCUCUGGGACUUUCUCGACGUCGAGGAGGGGCGUGUGCGCGGCGGCGAGGGUGGGCUGUGGUUCCGUGCCACGUUCCGGCUAGUCGUGUUCCGUCCGUUUGCUGGAGAGGUGCUCGUGGGGAAGAUCAUGGGCUCGGAUGAGAUCGGGAUACGGGUGUCACUGGGCUUCUUCGACGACAUCUACAUUCCCUCGCAUCUCAUGCCGACACCAAGUGCCUUCGACCACGCCGAGCAAGCGUGGUUUUGGCUCUUUGAAGCCUCGCCCGAGGUGGCCGCCGACCCGCUCCUCUCGUCGCCCGACGAGCGCAUGUACCUUGAUGCGGGCGAGCCCAUCCGGCUAACGGUCGAAGACGACAUCUUCGAGGAGCCCGAGCCUGGACCAGUGCAGAGCGCGGCGGUGGGCGGACCGGGGCCACCAGGCGCCAAUGCGAGCAUCGUGACGGAGGGAGACGACACGAAGAAGACGAGCCCAUAUCGCAUCACGGGAUCAAUAGCGUCGCAGGGCAUGGGGCUGGUGUCGUGGUGGCAGGGCACCGAGCCAGUGCAGGGCAUGGAGGAGGACGAGUACGCGAUGGAGGAGGACGAAUGAUCAUAUC